GGUAGACCUGAUUAGCUAGCGAUACGCUCCCGACCCGAACGCCCCGCAGUCCUUCAAUUCCCGACUCAUCGCUAAUCUUACGAUGGCUUGCUUUUCCUCUCUUUAUCCACCGUCCGUCCAUCACGUUUCGGUCUUAGCACAAUGUCACGUCCGCCCUCUCUACAGCAAACUCGGCCCGAGUUUGGAAGGUUCGGUACAACAAGAGAACGCGAAUUUUUCAAAUACUUGCCACCCGUAACAAUUCCCUUGCAACAUGUCGAGCGGAACACCCGCUCCGUCGAAUUUUCUGCGCGUGCCUCCCUCGACUGCCCCCUCACCGCAUUUGCCCAACUGGGUACAUUGCGUCUGGAUGCUCAACGAGUCAUCAUCUCGCUUUUUGGUCGGCAUGAAGAGUAUAUCUUGGCCGAAGCAACUCGAACACUCAGUCUGAGGGAUGAAACUGUUGACAGGGCGCGGGAUAAACUCUGGCUAGGGGCAUGUACGAUGUCCUAUGACCGCAGUUUCUGUACCGCGAUUGCCAAUUCCCCAUCGUUCUCCCAGACUCCUGCGAAACAUGUCUUUGUUGUCCCCGAUUUGACUCAUGACGAUACUUUCCAUGAUCAUCCGGACGUUAUAAACUGCCCCAACAUUCGCUUCCUAGCUUGCGCUCCGAUUGUCAGUCCCAAGGGCAUCGUGAUUGGCGCCUACACGAUUCUCGACGAUAAACCUCGGGCCUCGCCUACUUCGGAUAUCUUGAAAUUCCUGACAGAUAUGGCAGCGACUGUCAUGGACUACUUGGUCGCGGGGCGAUGUCGAAGCCAACACCUUCGAGGCGAGCGCAUGAUGGUUGGUUUGGGGAGCUUCUUAGAAGGGAAAGGGAGUCUGCGUAGCUCGUGGCUGGAAGACAAUGAGGUCGCUACUAGCCAUAGCCAAUUUGAUGACGCGGAGGGGCGUAUCGACGCCCAACAACAGCACAAACAGCGGUCGGAAGCUGUGGCCUGGGUCACAACCAAUAAAAAGGGUCAGAGUGAUAUGCCUUUCUGCCUCAACUCUCCGGUCCCACCAUCUCAAAGGGACGAUAAAACGCGUGGGCGACGGAGAACCUCUCCGAAAUCACAGGCCUCUACGUCACAGGCCACGAGGGAUCAAUCAAGGUUUCGUAAGCCAUAUGGGGUGAGAGCUAAUGUCGAACAGGGCCUAAAGUCUAGGUUAAAGCAAGAGACCUUGACAAGUCAGGUUGGAGCAACAUUCGCGCGUGCGGCCAAUAUCGUCCGUGAAAGCCUCGAAGUUGAAGGGGUUGUCUUUUUCGACGCCAAUUUUGGGGGCCAAGACGCCUUUGUGACCAGCGGGAAGCCCGAAUGGGAGAGCAGUCUGGAAAGCUCCGCAAGUGAGGGAGAAGUCAAAGCAGGAAAGGGCAACACGGCAUCGAAGCUUGUCCAGUCAAGGGUCCAAAACUCUGGCCCAGCGUCGGUGGAUCCGGCCAGGAUUCUCGGGUUUGCUACCUCGAAUACCGCUAGCGUCAAUCAUGAAAUGACGGAGGAUGCGAGAAUUAAUAUAUCAGAGGCGUUCCUGGCAGGGCUCUUGCAUCGUUAUCCUGGAGGGAAAAUCUUCAAAUUCGGCGAAGACGGGGCCAUUUCAUCCGAUGACACGAGCGAUGGUGUCUUCGCAACUUUCAACACUCGCGGAGACAAGAAGUAUAAAGAAACUCGGAGGUCCAUUUUACGUCAAGAUGCUCUCGCCCUUCUGAAUCUGGCCCCUGGGUCUCGGAGUAUCCUUUUCUCACCUGUUUGGGAUUCGCAUAAGUCAAGAUGGCAUGCUGGGACACUUGCAUGGACAAAGGCUCCCCAGCGCGUGUUCACCCCCGACGAUGAAUUGACGUUUUGCACAGUCAUUGGCAUAAGUAUUAUGGCUGAAAUUCAUAGGCUACGUGCUUUGUCUGCCGAUAGAGCUAAGUUUGAUUUACUCGCUGGUCUCAGCCAUGAGCUUCGGUCGCCACUUCAUGGCAUUUUCGGUACAACAGACCUCUUGAAUGACACAGCGUUGGAUGCUCUUCAGCAGGGACUCGUGCAUACGAUCGCUUCUUGCACAAGCACUCUGCUGGGGUCUAUUAAUCAGCUGCUCGAGUUUGCUAACGUAAAUGAUAUGCAACGAGCCUGCGGCGCGAACCCACCUCUAUCUCAUCGUCACUCGUCGCUUAAAGGCGGUGAUUCCUCUCAAGCUGCUGAGAUGAACGCCCAAGCCAUCGUUCAACUUGAUGCUGCGGUAGAAACUGCCGUCGACAUCACCUUCACGGGAUUCUCCUUCUUUCACGAAUCCCACAUCCCUCGAAGAGGCGCCGCUGGCGCAAGUUCCGAUUAUAACAAGUCGAUUGGCUCAGUAGGCGCAGUGAAACUGAUCCUCGAUAUCAACAGCGCUCCAAACUGGGCGUUCGCCGCAAGUCCUGAUGCAUGGCAUCUCAUUCUUACAAAUAUCGUCGGGAAUGCUCUCAAAUAUACUCAGCAAGGCUAUAUUUACAUCUCAGUCACGGCGAAGCCUGAAAUUCUGAGUGAUGACAAAGAACCUCUGCGCUCUAGAGUCACCAUGUCUGUUCAAGAUACCGGUUGCGGAAUGAAUCCUGAGUUUCUCCGGAACGGAUACUUUGCUGCCUUCUCGCAGGAGGAUGAUACGUCCCCUGGAAAUGGGCUGGGUGCCAGCAUCGUUCAACGAACAGUCUCGUCGCUUGGCGGCGAAGUCAAAAUCACUUCCGAAAAAGGGGUCGGUACUCAAGUCACGGUGUCUUUAACUCUCGACCAUGCUUCGGAGCAUUUUUGCACUGAUCGGGGUUUGGGCGAUAACAUAGGAAACGACUCUCUUGCGUCGACCAGACGCUUAGUAUCUCGGAAAAGAAUCGGAAUCCUAGGUCCGGGGCCCUCCGAGCUGGACUCAAUCCUCUCUUCAUCUUUGCGGAAGAUAUGCGAAGAGUGGCUCCAUAUGGAAGUCAACCUGGUCGCACCAUCACAUGCGGGAUCUCCUCGUUGCCACUUCUAUAUAUCAUCUCAUGAAUACCUGGACAUGGGAAACCUCGACAUCCAGUCUAUUGUCCCCGAUUCAGAUACGCAAUUCGCCGCACCCAUAAUCAUUAUAUGCCCGUCUCCUAGGGUCGCACACUCGCUAUCUAUGGCAGCGCGCCGGAGAGGAGAUUCGUACGUAAUCGAGUUCAUUGCCCAACCUUGCGGACCCAGAAAGUUAGCGAAAACGUUGCAUAUCUGCCUCGAACGACAGAGGCGGCGUAUCCAAGCAAUAAAGAACCCAGGACCGUCGAAAUCUUCAGCUCGUGAUCAAUUCGUUAAUCGAUUGCCUUUCACGUCAGCCCUAGAGUCCAAUAGGCAACCUAGAAGCGAGUCCGCUGAUUAUUCAGCAUCCACGGCAAGUCAACCCGUCGUGGAGUCGCUUGGAAAGCCCGUUCCUGCUCCGGGGUAUCAGGAUAUUUUGUCGCUUUCCUUGUCCACUCAAGUUCUCACCCCGAAAUCCGAGCCAACCCACAAAGAGAAGGUCGAUCCUGAUCCUUCGACCUGGCAAGACUCUCCGCUCGUUCUGUUGGUGGAUGACAAUCAUAUCAAUAUCUCACUCCUAGUUGCUUUUACGAGAAAGCUGGGACUUGGCUAUCUCACUGCUUAUAAUGGCCAAGAGGCCCUUGCCUUAUUCAAUCGAUAUUAUUCUCGGAUUCGCAUUGUAUUAAUGGAUAUCUCCAUGCCUGUCAUGGAUGGCUUAGAAUCCACACGGCAAAUUCGCGCUUUUGAGAAUACCUUGAAGCAGCAUGCCCGAGUCACGAUUGUUGCCUUGACUGGUGUGGCCCAGGCUGACGUUCAACGCGAUGCAAUGGGGUCGAAGAUGGAUCUAUUUUUGACGAAACCUGUGCGCCUUCAAACCAUCGCACGGACCAUUCACGACCAUACAGAGUUGAAGGUAACUCUGCCAAAAGACGGUAGUAUUACUGCACCCUUAUAGAUAACCUCCUUUCCGGUAUUCAUCUUUGCCGCGAACAUGCUAAAAUAUGACAAGCGCUAAUCUCUGUUGAAGAGGAAGCGAACAGUAAUUCGUGUUUGUUAAGUAGCCCAUAUGUGAUAAAUUACAUCGCUUAGAACCUUGAGAUGAGUCGAGGGUGCGGAAGGCUACGCAGAGCCAGCAAUGUCACGGAUCCGCGGCCACGAAACCGUCGAG